AUGUAUUCGUCCAAAAAGUUGCCGAAGAAAAUGACUCCUCAGAAGAGAGCAAAAGAGUUCGACCCAGGAGUUUUCCAUGUGUCGGGUGACCAUCUUUUCUGCAGUAGCUGCAACGUUCCCGUAGAUUAUAUGCGCAUGAGCUCGUGCAGGAAGCACCUGGCCAGUGCUGUUCACUCGCGAAAAGCAGAGGGUAAGGUUGACUCGAACGACAAGAAACGGAAACUUCAAGAAACUGUCUCCAACAUGUUCGAGAAGCAAACCGACCAGAGAAUGCAACGGAGAGUGGAGCUCAUGAGUCUUGUGAAGGAGUUCUGCGGUGCUAACAUCCCACUCAACGUAAUCGAUAGGCCUGCUCUCAAAUCUUACCUUGAGGCCAAUUUAUCAGGGAUUGGUUCGAUUCCUACGUCAAGGAAUCUGCGACAGAACUACCUUCCGAAAAUAUUCGAACUACAUUUGAAGGAACUGAAAACUUUACUCAGAAACGCCUCGUCUAUUGCUCUAGUCUGCGACGAGACCACGGACCCUGAAGAUCGGUAUAUCUUCAACUUGCUCGCCGUUGAUUGUUCGGAAAGCUCACCGUCUCAGCCUGGACACAAGCUACGAGCCUUGCUUCUGAACUCGGUGGUUCUAGACUCAACGAACCACAAAACCGUGAGCGAAACUGUUCUGAAGGAGCUUUACAAGUACGAGAUUCCGCUGACGAAGAUUAGUGCCUUCGUUACCGACAACGCCUCGUACAUGCACAAGACUUGGAGCUCUAGUUUGAGAGCCGUGCUCCUAAACGCUGUCCACGUAACGUGUACAGCUCAUCUGCUCAAUUUGAUCUGCGAAAUAUGGCAGAGUGAGUUCAAAGCUGUGAACGAUUUGGUUGUCGCCAUCAAGAAGGGCUUCACGGCUUGUCCGUCGCGUAAAGCUCGGUUCCUCCAGUAUCUGAGAGCUAAGGGCGGAUCAGAGGCACUCCCACCAGUCCCCGUCUCAACCAGGUGGAACACUUGGUUUCGAGCCGCGAUGUACCACGAGUCGCAUCUGGACGAUUAUAUUACCUUCUUCAAGGAGGAAGCUGAGGCGAGUUCCAGCCUUACGGUCUCAAAUAUAAUCAGCUUGAGCAGCUGUCGCAAGAUCGAAGCCGAUCUCACAUGCCUGAAGAAAUACGCGCCACAUCUCAUGAGCAUCUUAACGGAGUACGAGACCAGUUCUGUCAAAGCCCACCUUCUCAUUCGAGAGCUCAAAUUGCUCGCUGAAUGGCUCGAAAUAUCGGCAUCAGCAGAAAAUCACCAGAGCGGCAAAACGGCUUUACAGAGAUCUCUAGUGAAGUUGAAUUCCUAUAUCUCGGAGCAGCCGACAACUCGUUUCUGCCAACCAGCGACGAGAUUCUUCAACUCUUGCCAGAUUUUCGAUGUUUCCUAUGCUCAGAUCGCAAACGUGGAUCCGGAAGUUGUAUUCGAUAGCAUCCCUUGGUUUGACGACGACACUUCGGCAAAAGCUGAACUUAAAUUGUACUUGUCAUCAACGGACGAGCUCAGCCCCGAUGGCCAUCCUGUAGAUUUUUGGCGCGCGGCCGAGAAACGAUUCCCGAAGCUAUCCCGAAUAGCAAUUUCUUGUUUGAGCGUUCCUGUCAAUAGCGUGGCUGCGGAGAGAUCGUUCAGCUUGUACUCAGCCGUGCUGAGGGACGAUCGACGCAGUAUCGAUGAGGCAAAUCUACCUGUUUAUAAUAUGCUUUACCAAAACUCCUCGAACAUUUAG